AUGUGUUCUCGUUUAGUUCAUGAAAAGGAAAUUAAAAUAGUUUUGUUGUCAGUUGCUGGCUUCUGCAUGAGACAACAACAUAUGUUGGGCUUUGAAGGCAGUUUGAAGGAUAUGAGAAAAUUUCUUCAUCUGCCUUUGAUACCAAAAGAUAAAAAAGAAAGCAAUUUCGACACCAAUUUGAGAUUAUCAAGAACUAAUGAGACAACAAAUGUUGCAAACAUUCCAAGCACCAAACCCUGGAUCAUUAAUGAAAGUUUUUUGUGCUCGCAAAUCUCCGCGGUGUUUCAACAACACUUCAGAGAAAAAAGUUGCAAAUCUUACAAUUGUGAGAAAGCAUGGAAAUAUUUGAGUGGUGCUGAUAUAUUUCACAUUAUUGCAUAA